UGUAUUUAAUAGGUCAUUUUGAAAGUUUUUUUUUCUUCUCACAGAAGAUCGCCAUAACAUGACGUCUGCAGGGAUGGGCGUGACCAGAGAUUCAUUGCCAAUCAAGGGUCCAACUUCGACAGUGGGAGCCAGCAGUGGGUCGCAUGCACAAGCGGGCGUGGCUGAAGUCUUGUCCCGGUGGAGGGUCCAGAUCCGACAGCAACCCCCACCCUCCCGUCAUCCCCCCGUCCCCAAUUUUGUGACCUUGAACCAGGAAGCGGUGAAAUCUGGUCACGUGACGGUCAAACAGGUGAAGGAGUACAGAGCACAGGCAGGCGUGGUCAAGCCCAGCCCCGCCUCCAAAGCGCACAGGGGAAGAGCUCCACAACGGACACAAAUCCCGGACAUCACAUUUGGGGUCAAGUCAAGGGCACCAACUCCAUUCUAUGACGUUUUGUCUCAUGAGUAUGCUCGCCGCUGGAUAGAGGACCAAAUGAAAAGACGCAGCGAGCAUGAACGCCGCCAUGUGGCAAAGUGUGUGUCCUUCGCCCACACACGCACCUCUUUGCUGCGAACUCAAAAUGCGCAUCCUCACUUAAACACGCACACACACACAUGUGGGCGCUAUGCACAGGUGGGCCCUGCUCUCGACACCUUCAGGAAGCGUCGCACAAACCCGCCAGUCAACAAGUCGGUCGGCUAGCGCGCCUCCAACGAAGCCCAUCACGUCAACGAGUCAGCCACUGAACAAAGCGAGAAGUGAUGACGUCAUGUGUAUGACUGCAAAAAAUAAAAGUUGAAGGGGGGGAAAAAAAAAAGUCCCAUGAAGGCCUCCUGUCAUCU